CUCAACUCGGAAUGUGUUGUUUUCUCGCAGCACGCUGCGCGCAGCCCGUACAAAGCAUGAGAAAGAACGCGCAAUAAUUUAAGACCUGUGCGUGGAGCCGCAGGAAACCGGUUAAGAUAAUGGCAUUACUCAUUCAUACAGCUGCAUGCUUUGCUCACAAUACGGCAGCAAACCCUGAUCCUCACAGCAGUGUUUUGGAAGGCGCAGUGAGAGAAGAUGGAGGACUUGCAUACCAGAGAUGCUCAGCAGCUGUUAGCCUCUGCAGAGGCCUGGCACAGAGUGGAUCCCUGCACCGUGCGCGGUCACUGGGCAGGACUCCAUGCCGCUGUUUGGGACAAGUCCAAGGGCAAGAUGUCAGAAGGUGAAGAUGGGUCAUUCAGAGCAGUGGAGCUGGGGGAGAACACAGCAGGGCCUUCGCACCCGACACCUGAAAGCCCUCCACAGGCUGCCCCCCCAGUGCAGAGUGAGCCCACCCAUGAGCCCCCGGAGACAGCAGAGCAGGGGUCAUCGGCUGCGAGAAAGGAGUGGGUCACAGCCCUCAGCCAAUUCAAACUCAAGAGGUUCUUUGUGCUCCGGCCUGGCACACUUGAGCACGCGUUGGAAGACAUCAGAGCCCUGGUCAAUCAGCAGGAGGACGGCGACGUUCAGAGCGUCUGGCUUUUGGCCGAAGUUGACCACUGGAACAAUGAACGGGAGCGUGUGGUGAUGAUCACGGACAACACUCUGGUCAUCUGCAAAUACGACUUCAUGAUGUUCAACUGCGAGCAGAUACUCAAAGUCCCGCUCAACUUUGUGGACCGCGUGUCGCACGGGGCCUUCGUCUUUCCUCCGCGGUCACUCCUCUCUCGAGAGGGACGAGGGCUGCGUAUCUUCUGGGACAGGAUGAGGGAGCCCAGCUUCUCCUCCCGCUGGAACCCCUUUGCCAAAGACUACCCGUUCGCUACCUUCACCUACCACCCUGUGAGGAACGCCGAUGAGAAGUUUGCCGCUCUGUGUGAGCUGGACGACUUCAGAGAGCAGCUGGUCCAGGCGUGCCAGAAUGCCCACGCUAAGGAACCCGUCCCAGGGAAGGCGAAUGGAGUUAUCGUGCUGAACCAGCCACUCGUCAUCGAGGCCUAUGUGGGUUUAAUGUCCUUUAUCGGCAAUCAGAACAAGCUGGGCUACUGCCUGGCAAGAGGCAACAUUGGUUUUUAAGGAGACCUUCAUGCUUCCUAACCACUUGGUAGUUCCAUCGUGUCUUUUUUUCCCCAUUUUAUGAAGUUUGCUAUGUUGUGACCUUUGCUUAUUCUUGCAUUUAAUAUUAAAAAAUUUAAAUUUAUUUGAAUUGUACCGUGUGAUAGGCUGGCACCCCCUCCAUGGUAUACCCAGUCAGUAUGUCUGGGCUAGGCUCACAUCUGUCAUUUACAUUGCAUUAUUCACUCAGUUCAUGCUUUUCUCCAAAGCUACUUAGAUUUAUUUAACUGGAGCUAUUUAGGGUGAGGGCCUUACUCAAGGGUACUACAGCUGGAAGAGGGAGUUGAACAUGUGCCAUUUGGGUCUACAGGCAGUAGCUCUAACCACUAAGCUACACAAUUUUCUUCCAAAAGUGUCUUGCGCUCUGUGAACAUGUACUCCGGUAAUUUUUGAAUGGUUUUUCUCUGGAAAGUUAAGCUUUACAAAAUGAAUGUAACAAAUAAGCUGAUUUCUUGGGAGACAUUUGUACACAUCAGGUGAUAAGGGAAUAAAGAUUAA